UCGCACCGUAGUUGUUAGUCGAAUUGAGGGUGGCAUCGCGAACGGUUAUAACAGAGUGUAGGUGUUCUGAAUACGUGCGCCUGAUGUUCCCUUCCGUUCUCUUUCGCGGGUGGCUACAAGUGUGAAGGAUUUUCUGCGCCCGUUUCGUGACCGCACGAAUUAUCAAACACGCAGUCAGUUACGUGUUUUCACCAAUAGUUAUCGAAUCAACAGAAAGCUUGAUUUUCUAAAGUCAAUACUGGGGUAGCAUUGAUUUUCUACCUGAAGACAAUCUCGAAGGGAAAGAAUUGUAGUAUUCCAAGAUGUCGGUCGUAUCCUGAAACCGUGCGUCGGCGCACUGCACAACAUUCGUCCUUUCGUAAAACGUAAAAUGAAAAUUUUUGAAGAGGGCAUACUAUUUUGACUCUUUAAUGUUUAUACUUGCGAUAGUUCCUGCCUGAUUGAAAAGGCAAAAGUGUAUUCUAUACGAAAUUUCAACUGUCUCUAAAAAAUCUGUUUCGUGAUAUUACGCACCUGAGAAGGAUAUUCGUAUGAGUUUGAUACUGAUUUUGGUAUUUUUGAAAAAUAUUUGCAUAUUUUUUAACAAAUUGGUUUUACGUUGCUACAACUCAUUCCUGAUCCAUCCAAACAAUAAUCACCUGGAGAACAGUGGAAAGCACGGAGGAAAUCGUUACCGCUCUAGAACUAUCGGUAAUCAUAAGGUGUACUACAACGAUAAGGACCUAAUGGUACGACCGCGACGUGCCCGCCGUCUUCGGAUCGAACAACAACAACAACAACAACAAAUGAUGGUCGACAGGGAUAAUUUCGGCAAAUACUACUAGGCAAAGGUGCUUUCCUAUGAAAACGUGACCGAUAACGUUAGCCUCCUAGAUAGAUACUACUAUAAUCUGCAGUAAUUGAAUUGUCCUUUCGAAACGUAGCCAGACAAAGGCAUCUCGCGCACCCUUCGUGCCAUAGCUGAACAAAAUUUUUAUGCUCUGUUGGUAAGCACGAAAUUCACCAUCCCUCUCCGUCGUUAAAUAAGGAAAACACUUGUCUGUUGUGAGACUGCACUAGCCCUAGGGCGGUUCGAAAAUAUGGCUUAACAUCUCCAAUCGAUGCAAAUCUCCGCACGAAAAGAAACUACGUUCAUCCCAAUGACCAUCCAGGAAAACCGUAACACCUCCACAACACCCAGUUCAAGUUCUAGCGAAUUGAGCAACGCAUCAGCAGCUUCGAACAACAGUGGAGGUAUCGGGAAUGCACCGAUAGUUCAUCCUCCUCCUACCGGAAUAGCGGGGAGUUCUGUGGCAAGUGACACUUCAGGCCAAAUGGACAACGAGUUGACAGUGGCAGCUGAAGCGAACAACAACCACUAUCGGGGCGAGAAACCUCUUCAAAAUGGGUGCGAAGACAAAUGGAGUUGGAGCAAGCGGGAUCGGUCGAAGGAGGUGUGGCUCAGCGGAACAAACAAUCGAACGGUGCAUUUCCAUCCGAACUGGAGCAAAGGGACGGCCGGAAUCCGCGGAACCCGGGUACUCAACAACGGGCGCUAUUACUGGGAGCUGAGUGUGUCACAGCGGGUCUUCGGAACGAGCAUGAUGUUCGGCAUUGGAACCAAGAAAGCUCGGUUGCACGUCAACGCCUUCACCAACUUGCUUGGAGAGGAUGGCAACGGCUGGGGCCUUUCACACAAAGGUUUAUUAUGGCACGGUGGAACCGCGAGGAACUACACCAAACGCUUCAAGGAGAACCAAGCAACCAAAAUUGGCAUCCUGUUCGAUGGAGUUGCUGGUACACUAACGUACUAUAAGGAUGAGGUUUGUCUCGGAAUCGCCUUCCGGGGGUUAAACGAGAUCCGCGAGCCCCUUUAUCCGAUUGUGUGCUCGACGGCAGCAAAAACAGAAAUGGUUCUGACCGAAACGAGACGAGAUUUCGUAAACCUACAGGAUCGCUGCCGGGCGGUCAUUAUAAAGCAGGUGAAAACUCGAGACAAGCUGGAUCGACUGAACCUUCCCUAUUGCAUCACAAACUACCUGGCGGAAGCGUUGUCAGAUUGCAGCACUCCCGUCACUCCGCUGGAGCAGCAGCUUAUCGAUUACUAUCUGUUCUAGUUGCCCAGAAGGCAUGCCAGUUUAUUAGAAGAUUUUUAUUGCAGCUAUUUUUUUAUGAAUAUUAUCGAUGGUUGUUAUUUUUUGUAGCAAAAUUUGUUUUCAACAUUAUUCCACAAGAUUAACUUUGAAUUUCUUUUUGUUGAGCAUUUUCCAAUCAUGCUUAGGUGUAGUCGUGUUAAGUAUUAGGUGUAUCUAUUUGAUAAGGGUCCAUUCCAUCUACAAAGAAUUCAUUUACGAUUCUAACCGGUGCGGUAUAUUUGUUUUUUAAAUCCAACAUUCUUGCUGAACAUUUGUAUUUUUUUACAUUCGCAACUUAUGUAAGAUAAUCGACUGAAGAAUCACAACCAAAAAACGUACUCAUUGGAAAAAUGGGUAUUACCAGCCAAUCAUUCCAAAUAUGUAGGGCAACAUGUGAAACUAAAAUUAUGAACCUAAUUUUUGAUACAAUUAUCAUAUCGUGCUUGAUCAGUUGUGAGGAAGAUCUCAGACUCGAUUUUGAACGAAUAAAACGAGUGGAAUUCUAGUCAUUUCGCAAAACAAACACGUUGGUAAAACGUAGAAAACUAAAUAAUAUUUGGCAUUCGCUGAAAAGUACAUAUACUUAAUAUAACAUAACAAAAGAUAAAUUGCUAUGCUAUAGAUUAAAGUGUAUGUAGAGCAACAAAACGUUUCGAGAGCAUUGAUAAGUGUGUAAAUAUAGACUAUAAACGAAUACAUAAGGAUUACUGGAACGUUGAUGCGAUAGAACGAACCACAAAAGGAUAUCAAUGCAGGAAAGGCGAGACGAGUGAUGUGUGACAGACGAAUGGCACAAUCGUUUCAAUCAUCGAUUUUCGCUAAUUGUCAGGCACGGACUCCGUAGGCGACAACAGACGAAUUGAUUGCUGCACUUUGUCAUUCUUUUGCUGUUUUCGUUCCCAGCUGACAAUAUUAAAUAACGAGUGAAUGAGUUCGACGUUUUAAAAGCGUUUAUUAUAUACAUCUAUUUGGCAAAUUUAUUUAUAAGUUCCAAAAUUUAGUAGUUGAUAGCUGCUGUUGACACAUAUUGUGAAUAUUUAAAAUGCUUAAAUAUUUUUGUUUACGAUUGAAUUAAAAAUCUAAAACCCAUACUGAAACGAACCAUCAACUUCCGGUUUGCAACUUUGAAGCAAUUUGGUUUUAGUUUACCAGAAGCUUUCGACUUCACCGACUUUUAUCAAAAUUAUUUAACUAACUACUACAGUAUUAGUUAGCAGCAGCACUAAAUCGACCUCCGACAGAGCACAAACGUAAACUACAAUCGGCAAAAUUCGAUCAAAUUCAAAAUUUGCUUAGUACCAAGGAUAAAACAAUGAUGUGUUAAUUAAAAUUUAAGCUAAAAGACUUUUAGUGUGCAAAAUGAAACCUUUAUGAGCGAUAUGCGAGGCAAAAAACUCUACCAGCUGUACACAAAUCUAGACAACAAACAAUACUCAGUUAAACUAUCACUUAUCAAGCGUAACGCUUUGCAGUUCUUCUAGUCCACUAGUUGUAUGCGUUUUAUGUUCCUUAUUUGUUGUAAAACUAUUAUUUCUGUGAUGUAACCCAAUUAGUUAUAACAUACUCUCAGAAACUCUUAAUACGCACACAUCUUCUCGGAUUGUAGCGCAUAUAGAUACGAUUGGCAAGAGUUGAUAUUAGUUGUGUAAAGUGAAACCAACCCGAAUACGUUGGAAGAGUGCCAUAAACAAACUAGUUUCAAUGUUUGAAGAAAUUGUGAACAGAAUCACGUACACUGUAAUAAUAACAAUACAAACGAAUCGAUGUCUAGCUUAAACCAAACAUUAGUAUAACAUUAAAUAGCCUGCGGCCAGACUACUUAAAGUUUAAAAUAGAUUCAUAGAGAAAUGAUAGAAUUUAGGGACCAGAUUCCAUUUUUUUUCGCCAAUAAAAGGUGCACCUGCAAAUGGAGUUUGGUCAGCAAUGAUUUCUUUAUUGUUUAUUAUCAUCAGCACGUAUUGCAAGACAGAUCUGUGUGACUCCAGAUCGAGUAUUACUUAUUAGGCCAUGAAGCGUGCAAUACCAAUCGCUACCAACAGAUGCGGUGGAAGGUACUAAGAACUUAACGAUAAUGUUAACACAAUUGAAUAAACUUCGUGUAUUCAAAAAGGAAACAGAACAUUAUGCAUGUAAACUAGUCAGCUACACAUAAAAGUAUCCAACAGCGGGUUAUUUCUAGAAGCAUGAUGCUGCGUGGAAAUUCUGUACAUGGAGAAAAUCAUUGAAACAAACCCAGAAGUUCAGCAUUAUUUAUUAUAGAAACACUAGGGAAAGUUAUUUAGCAGCUAGGAAUGGACUCGAAAGAAGUUGCAAAAAGGUACGGAAAAUCUGAGCUUGAGAUGAAAUGUAAGUUUGAAUAUAAUAACCAAAAGGAGGACUCAUGUAACAAAUUA